AUGAAUCAUUCAAAAUCGGCAAAACAUAAGUUUAACAUAGAAGAUUGUUCUGAAUCUGAAUAAGAAGAAACAUAAAGAAAAUCUUUAAAUGCUUAAUCUUAAUCCUUAUUUUAAACAACUUUAUUUGGUGCAUUAGACUCUUAAGUUAAGUAGUUUAAAAAGAAACCAAUAGUUAAAAAAUCUAUGACUGAGUUUCUUAAUAAUUAUGAUUAAAAUUUUGAUGAUGUAUUUGGAAGUAUGAAAAUGCCAAUAGAUGUUAAUCAAGAUAAAUAAGUAAGAAAUAAUAAUAAUAAUAAUAAUGGAUAAAAAAGUAAUAAAAAAUAAUAAUAAAAAAGACCAAUAGAAACAGUAAAUUCAGAAUCAGAUUCUAAUUCAGAAAUUCAAACUACAACUAAAAAAUAAUCAAAACCAAAUAGAAAUGGAAAAAAGAAAUAAUCUAAAAGAAUUGUGGAAUCAGAUUCAGAAGAUAAUAAAGAAUAGAAUGAAAAUAAAAUAACAAAAAAAAGUUAACCAAAAAAAUAAACUAAAGUUAAUAAUAAAUAAUCAUCAGAAGAAUAAUCUAGUGAAAAUAAGAAAUAUAAUCCUAAUUCAUUGGAUCUACCAUAAAAUAGUAAAUAAGAUAAAAAAGGUUAAAAAUUGAAAACAGCAAUAUUUAAUUUUGGUACAGAAGAAUUUGAAAAAUAAGGAACAUCAAAUAAGAAAAAUAAAAAGGAUACUUCUAAAAAAUAAAUUUAUAAAACAAGAAGUAAAAAAUAGGUUGAAUAAGAUGAUGAUUCUAAAGAUGAUAAAAUUGAAUAAUUAAUUAAAGAAUAUUAAAAAGAAGAAUAGGAAUUAUAAAAGAAUCUCACAAAUAAAAAAGAUAAAACAAUAAAAGAGAAUGGAAGUACAGAAAAAAUAGAAAAUAAAGAGAAAAAUAUUAAUUUAAAUAGCAUUAAAAAACAAUCUCUGAAUUCAGAAUUCAGUCCUUAAACAAAAUCAGAUGAUGAAGAUGAUAUUGAUGAUUCAUGA